AGAGCCGCUUCCGCCGGGGGUGGGGCCGCCCCGCAGCUGAGGGAGAAGUAAAGAGCGCGAAGGGAGAGCCCGACCGACUGAGCGAGCGAACGAGCGAGCGGAGAGGGCGGCGGUGAACACUGACUCCGGUCCUCUCUCCUUCCCUCUUCCCUUCCUCCCUCCCCGGCUUCACCUCACGCCGCCAUGGAGCUUAUCAGGAUUUUGGAGCAGACGGUCUCCCCAGACCGCACCGAGCUUGAGGCGGCUCAGAAGUUCCUAGAACAGGCGGCCAUCGAGAACCUGCCCGCUUUUCUUGUGGAACUGUCCAGAGUGCUGGCAAAUCCAGGAAACAGCCAGGUUGCCAGAGUCGCAGCUGGUUUGCAGAUCAAGAACUCGCUGACAUCUAAAGACCCUGACGUAAAGGCCCAGCACCAGCAGAGAUGGCUUGCAAUCGAUGCCAAUGCUCGCCGAGAAGUCAAGAAUUAUGUUUUGCAGACCUUGGGUACAGAAACUUACAGGCCCAGCUCGGCCUCGCAGUGCGUUGCUGGCAUCGCCUGUGCAGAGAUCCCCAUGAAUCAGUGGCCUGAACUUAUCCCUCAGCUGGUAGCCAAUGUUACAAAUCAACACAGCACAGAACAUAUGAAAGAGUCUACAUUGGAGGCCAUCGGCUACAUCUGUCAGGAUAUUGAUCCAGAACAACUUCAGGACAAGUCAAAUGAGAUCUUGACAGCUAUUAUCCAGGGCAUGAGGAAAGAGGAGCCAAGUAGUAAUGUAAAGCUAGCGGCUACCAAUGCACUCCUGAACUCUUUGGAAUUUACCAAAGCAAAUUUUGAUAAAGAGUCUGAAAGGCACUUUAUUAUGCAAGUAGUCUGUGAAGCGACACAGUGUCCAGAUACAAGGGUGCGAGUAGCUGCCUUACAGAACUUGGUGAAAAUUAUGUCCCUCUAUUACCAGUAUAUGGAGACAUAUAUGGGUCCUGCACUUUUCGCUAUCACAAUUGAAGCCAUGAAAAGUGACAUCGAUGAGGUGGCUCUGCAAGGAAUCGAGUUCUGGUCAAAUGUUUGCGAUGAAGAGAUGGACCUGGCAAUUGAGGCAUCAGAAGCAGCAGAGCAAGGGAGGCCUCCAGAGCACACCAGCAAAUUCUAUGCCAAGGGUGCACUCCAGUAUCUUGUCCCAAUUUUGACACAGACACUGACCAAGCAGGAUGAGAACGAUGACGAUGACGACUGGAACCCCUGCAAAGCUGCUGGAGUCUGCCUCAUGCUUUUGGCCACCUGCUGUGAAGAUGACAUUGUCCCUCAUGUUCUUCCCUUUAUCAAAGAACAUAUAAAGAACCCAGACUGGCGAUAUCGAGAUGCUGCUGUCAUGGCAUUUGGAUGCAUUUUGGAAGGACCAGAGCCCAACCAGCUCAAACCCCUUGUCAUUCAGGCUAUGCCCACCCUAAUAGAAUUAAUGAAGGAUCCCAGCGUAGUCGUCAGAGACACAACUGCAUGGACUGUGGGCCGGACCUGUGAGCUCCUCCCUGAAGCAGCUAUAAAUGAUAUUUACCUCGCUCCAUUGUUGCAGUGUCUAAUUGAAGGCUUGAGUGCAGAGCCAAGAGUGGCCUCCAAUGUAUGCUGGGCGCUCUCUAGUUUGGCAGAAGCUGCUUAUGAAGCUGCUGAUGUGGCUGAUGAUCAGGAGGAACCAGCAACAUACUGUUUAUCCUCAUCGUUUGAGCUAAUAGUUCAGAAACUCUUGGAGACCACAGACAGGCCUGAUGGACACCAGAAUAACCUGAGGAGUGCAGCAUAUGAAUCUCUGAUGGAGAUAGUGAAAAACAGCGCCAAGGACUGUUACCCUGCUGUCCAGAAGACAACUUUAGUUAUAAUGGAACGGCUGCAACAAGUGCUCCAGAUGGAGUCCCAUAUCCAGAGCACAUCUGAUAGAAUCCAGUUCAAUGAUCUUCAGUCUUUGCUGUGUGCCACUUUACAGAAUGUCCUUCGUAAAGUGCAGCACCAAGAUGCUUUGCAGAUCUCAGAUGUGGUGAUGGCAUCUCUCCUGAGGAUGUUCCAGAGCACAGCAGGAUCAGGGGGUGUCCAAGAGGAUGCCCUCAUGGCUGUUAGCACCCUGGUGGAAGUAUUGGGAGGAGAGUUUCUCAAGUAUAUGGAUGCCUUCAAGCCUUUCCUGAGCAUUGGGUUGAAAAACUAUGCUGAAUACCAGGUCUGUCUGUCUUCAGUGGGCUUAGUGGGUGACUUAUGCCGGGCUCUGCAGUCCAACAUCCUGCCUUUCUGUGAUGAAGUUAUGCAGCUCCUCUUGGAAAACUUGGGGAAUGAAAAUGUGCAUCGGUCUGUAAAGCCCCAGAUUCUCUCAGUGUUUGGAGACAUUGCUCUUGCAAUUGGAGGGGAAUUUAAAAAAUACUUAGAGGUUGUACUAACUACCCUACAACAAGCUUCUCAAGCCCAGGUUGAUAAGUCUGAUUAUGACAUGGUGGAUUACCUGAAUGAAUUGCGAGAGGGCUGUUUGGAAGCAUAUACAGGCAUCAUCCAGGGACUGAAAGGAGAUCAAGAGAAUGUGCAUCCGGACGUGAUGCUGGUGCAACCCAGAGUAGAAUUCAUCUUGUCUUUCAUAGACCAUGUUGCUGCAGAUGAGGAUCAUACUGAUGGGGUCGUAGCCUGUGCAGCUGGUCUGAUAGGGGAUUUGUGCACAGCAUUUGGAAAAGAUGUCCUCAAGUUGGUAGAAGCUAGGCCCAUGAUACAUGAAUUGCUAACUGAAGGAAGGAGGUCAAAGACGAACAAAACAAAAACCCUUGCUACCUGGGCCACUAAAGAGCUGAGAAAACUGAAGAAUCAAGCUUGAUCUGUUACUAUCGGGAUGACACCUGAGACCCCCACUGGAAAUCUCCAAACUAUUGAGAAAAAAAAACCCAACCCGGAAGUGAGGAGUAUGCACGGAUGCUGAGUGUUUGGGAAUGAGAGGAUGAGUGAGUGAGAGGCUUAAACACACCACGGUGAAAAUCCAGCCACAACAAAAGGCAGCAGCGCUGUUAAUGGAGCUAAUCACUGACUUGCGUAGCAGAAAAACCUUGUCAUCGCUUGCCUCCAGGAAGUGGAAAACUGAUUGAUUUCUAUACUUCAAUGCAGUCUCUUCCGACAGAGACGAGGACUAACUUCUGUGUCUUUUGGCCAGUGAAGAGGGAGAUGAAUUGGUCUGGGAGAUGAAAGCUAGCUUCAGGUUCAAUUUGAGUGCUCAUAUAAAGGUCUGGCUUUCGUUGCUAGAGAGAAAGGAGGAGGUAGGAUCCCCAGCCUGCCUGAUGUCACCUUUUGGAGGUUGGGGAGGGGAGUUUUUGGCCGCACAGUGCUGUCAGUGCACGAGAGAAACGGGAAGGGUGAAGGAUUUUCUUUCCAGAGUGAGUGUGUGUGAAUGAGGCGGUAUCUACAUUCUCAACUUUAAGUCAUUGCAGUUAAUCUUUCCCAAAAAGAAAUACUGAAGAGGUUAGGAGUUGCAUUUCAUAAACUAACAAGUUCAAUCUACUUGAAGCAGCAGCAGAAGAAUAAGAGAGUUUAUGGGGGGUGGGGGGGGAAGAAGUUGCUCUGUAUAGGGCUUCUUUAGGGAAUCGCUGGUGGGAUGUUCAGAGCUCCCGUCGUGACACUUUUUUCACGAUCUUGUUUCAUUAAAAAGCGCCUUUCCUUCCUUAAUUUUGUUCAACUGUGAAUGUAGAAACCUGGGGGGUGGGGAGGGUGUCCCAAAAAAGGGUCUCGCGUUAAGGAGAGAGAUUAGGAUUGUUUCUCCAAAUGGGAUACGAGGCUUUAAAAUAAAAAAUGACUAUGCGUAGAUUUGGCAACAAAAUAAACGCAAAGGGAAAAAGCCCCUCUCUUGGCGUGAACUAAGCAGCCUGAACCACACACAAAACUGUGCCAAAGAGUUAAAAAGGAAACAAGGAAACAAAACUUCAGGAAAUAUUUUGGAUUGAAAAAAUGAGGUUGAAAUUCAAAUGUUCAAACAAAGCAAAAAAGAUAAAAAUACGAUUUGGAAACCGCUUGGCCUAUUUGUUCUCUUUAUUUGAUUCUGAUACGGUAUUAGUCUUGCUGCACUUCAAAAAGGAAAAAUUUAUAUAAAUAUAUAUAUAUAUACUGACUUGAGCUUACACAGGAUGGCACUUGUAAAAGGUUAUAUUUUUCCACUGCAGUUGAAGAUUAAUAAAAUGGUGUCAAACAUU